AAAAUCAGGGCAUCUGGUCACCCUAUUCCCGUCAGAACUGGGGUUUGUCACUCUUCACAACUGGUGUUAAGUAUUAUAGACUCCUCAGGCAGGGGUCACCCCGGUUGUGUGCUUUCAUGUGACCAAGUGAUCCUGAUACUGGCUUCUGGGGGGGCUACUGCAGUACAAACAAUAACAGUAGCCCCGGUGAAAAUUCACAUCUGUUUCUAUGCAGUGUGCUCUACCCCAGGUGACCAUCUUAUUUCCGUCCCAGUGCGAAGUGAAAUCAGUUUCCUGUGUACAGUGAACUUUGUUACAUGAUCUUCAAUUUACUAUCUAAUCAAAGUGUUCAUGCACUGCCUCUAAGAGCACAGCGUUAAACAUAAAUUAUGCUAAUUAUGCUUACAGUGAGUUGUACAACAAUACCAUCAUAGCUCAGAGUCCCAAUGUAUUUGAAUGAUCAGUUUGCUAGGAACAAUGCAUCAAAAUUAACAUGAUGCUGAAGAAUGUUGGAUGAUGGUCAGUCCUGAUCAUUGUUCAGUGAAGUUAAUAAAGUUUUUGCUCACAUAUUUACCUGGCAGAGGAGAUACCAUGAUCAUGAAGGUGGUUUUCUCAGGGUGAGGCUCAUCCAUUGAACUACGGGUCUGCUGACCUCUGCGAUUUCCCCAAAUAGGUUUUAAACUGAAGGGGAAGAUGUCACUUUAUGAUGACCUGGGAGUAGAAACCAGCGAUUCAAAAACAGAAGGCUGGUCCAAAAAUUUCAAACUACUGCAGUCUCAGUUGCAGGUGAAGAAAGCGGCUCUCACACAAGCAAAGAGUCAGAGGACAAAACAAACAACAGUCCUUGCUCCAGUGAUUGACCUGAAGCGAGGGAGCUCUUCUGAUGACAGACAGAUUGUAGACACACCACCUCAUGUAGCUGCUGGCUUAAAGGAUCCCGUACCUAGUGGGUUUUCUGCAGGAGAUGUGCUGAUUCCUUUGGCUGAUGAAUAUGAUCCGAUGUUUCCCAAUGAUUAUGAGAAAGUAGUAAAACGCCAGAGGGAGGAACGACAAAGACAGCGUGAGCUGGAGAGGCAAAAAGAGAUUGAAGAAAGAGAAAAGAGACGUAAAGACCGUCAUGAAGCCAGUGGGUUUUCAAGAAGACCAGAUCCAGAUUCUGAUGAAGAUGAAGAUUAUGAGAGAGAGAGGAGGAAAAGAAGCAUGGGAGGUGCUGCCAUUGCACCACCGACAUCUCUUGUUGAGAAGGACAAAGAGCCUGUACCAUCUCUUCCAUUUGAAGAGGAGUCAAGACCUCGUGCACCAUCUGCCAAAGCAGCUAUUCCUCCCCCAGUAUAUGAUGAACCAGAAAGACCACGGUCCCCAACCGGGCCUAGUAAUUCUUUCCUUGCUAACAUGGGAGGCACCGUAGCUCAUAAAAUCAUGCAGAAGUAUGGUUUCAGAGAGGGCCAAGGGCUGGGGAAGCACGAACAAGGGCUAAGCACAGCACUGUCAGUAGAGAAAACAAGCAAGAGAGGUGGAAAGAUCAUUGUUGGUGAUGCUGCAGAUAAAGUCGAUGCAUCCAAGAAAUCCGAUUCGAAUCCAUUAACAGAGAUUCUAAAGUGCCCAACAAAAGUGGUCUUACUGAGGAACAUGGUAGGUGCUGGAGAGGUUGAUGAAGAUCUAGAAGGUGAAACCAAGGAAGAAUGUGAAAAAUAUGGCAAGGUUGGGAAAUGUGUCAUCUUUGAGAUUCCUGGUGCCCCUGAUGAUGAAGCAGUGAGAAUAUUUUUGGAGUUUGAGAGAGUUGAAUCAGCAAUUAAAGCUGUGGUGGAUCUGAAUGGAAGAUACUUUGGUGGACGAGUGGUGAAGGCUUGUUUCUACAACCUGGAUAAGUUCAGAGUACUGGAUCUGGCAGAGCUAGUCUGAUUUAAGGACCUAGGUCAAGCUGUCACCAUGCCAGCAGCCGUGUUUUCAGCUGGAGGCUGGGAGUAGAGAGGAGAUGGCAGCAUUCCUAGCAAACUGGAAACAAGCCCCCUUGAAUGGUUUUUUCACAUUCAUUGUGACUGACGUUUAUUUUUUGUUUUGUUUUUUACGUAUAAAUCCUUUGAAAGAUUCACAUCUGUGUGUUUUGAUUGCACAAGUUCUGUUUAUUGGUCUGGAAUCCUGGUUUUUUGGGGUUUUUUUGGUAGUGUUCAAUUAAUUGCACUCUCUUGAAACCCACCACUGCUGAGCCGUUUUCUUUUUCUGGCUUCCUUGUUCUACUGCUGUAAUAUGGAGCGCAUCAUGUGACAUCGGCUGUGAGCAGCAAGCUUUGGAAAAGAACUGUGGGCUGGGAUAUUUUUCUUUUCUGGUGCUUCGUGGCAGAAUAUCUACUCAGCUCAUACACCUCCAGUUUCCCCAAUCCAAAGUAAUUUGGGGACUCCGGACAGGCAGCAGCUUCUCUGUUCUCUUCUGACUCAUUAAGGACUUGUUUUAGGGGAAAUCCUUUGCAUACUAGAAUGCAGAGAAAAGUACCAAGAAAAGAAUAUGAAAUUCUUAUUCCUCCCCCUAGACAAAACUCAUACAUUAAACCCAUGAGAGCCGGGAGAGAGAACUUUAUGCAACUAGCCAUCCAGAGCUGGAGACCUAUGUAUGAACCCCAGUUUACAUUUGGCGUGAAGGUCUCCAAGUGGACACUUCAUCAAACUGCCAUGCUAUCAGGUGGCCAUCUUUGCUUGGUCCAGGAUUGAUAUAUUAGGAGAGUUAUAGGUCAGUAGUGAGGGGCGUGUAAAGUUGGGGGAAGCUGUUUUCUUCUUGCUUGGUUCUAGCCAGAGUCAUCUGUGUUUUCACUUCCACUGAACACCAAAUCUGUCCACUAAUUGUUUUUUUAAGUGGCAUGGUUAUGGUACUUGCAGCUCUGUUUAAGUCUCAUUAAAUCUAGUAAACGUUUUUUAAGGACUGAG